AUGGGUAGUCGAGGUGGGUGGGGGAAGGAAAAAGAGUCUCCCCGAGAAGCUAUCCGUGAACUCCUUCCUGGUUCUCAUUUUGUUUACUUUCAAGGAAUAGACGUGGUUACGUGUACUUACGAAGAAGCAGAAAGCGACAGUCCAACUGGUGAAACAAACACAAACACAAACACAAACACAAACACAAACACACAGUUAGAAGUGUGGGUGACUCGAAGGGAAACAACCAUCGACAAGUUCUUCGUCCCCUUCGUCUUCUGCAUGGUGGCUACUUUCAACUUGGCCUUCGGCACAGAAAUAGCUCUGAAUGAUCUGAAGUUCAUUCUCAUGCAUCCUCUGCCUCUGGCCACCGCUGCCAUUUGUCAAUUCAUCAUACUACCCCCGCUGGGUCUGGGCGUGACGAAACUGAUGGGCUAUGAGCCAGACGUGGCGCUGGGCAUGUUGAUGGUGUCCUGUGCCCCGGGGGGAGGGGACAGCAACGCCUUCAGCUACUUGGUGGACGGAGAAGUUCCCCUCUCUAUCGCCAUGACUUUCUUCAGCACCCUACUUGCCAUUGGUACCAUGCCUCUAAAUCUGUUUGUCUACGGCAGACUCAUCUCAGACAAUCCAUCCUGGAAGCCACAAGACAUUCCCUACCUCAGACUGGCACUCACUCUCCUCAUUCUGGCUGUUCCGGUCUGCAUCGGAAUGGUCCUCCGGAGCUAUCUGCCUCGACAGACUAAGCGGGCUAUGAAGAUGGCGAAGCCUGUGAUAAUUGGACUCUUGUUCAUUUUCUUCUGCCUAGCUAUCAUUCGCAACCUGUUUGCGUUUGAAUUAGUCUCUGUUCGGGAUGUGGCCGGGUCCUGUCUGCUGCCUCUAGGGGGAAUCACCAUAGGCUCCCUGUUCGCCCUCAGUGCCCGACUCAGAUUCUCACAAGUGAAGACAAUCGCUCUAGAAGUCGGAAUGCAAAAUGCAGGCAUAGUUGUUGGUAUGGCCUUGCUCGCUUUCGACCAACCCCAAGCGGACCUCAACGGGAUUCUACCCAUUUUCAUGGCCCUUACCCAAAUGUUUGUAGUUCUACCAUUCCUAGUCACACACCUCGUGUUUCGCAAAUUUAACUGGUACUACCGGGAGAAUUGUGAAGAAAACAAAAGUGCCAUGAGAGCCGAACGGAGGAUAUUUGAUGCAGCAGUCAAUAAAAGAGACUCGAAUGAAUUGAAAGAUGCUGAUUGCCCUGAUAGUGGCCAGCAAAACCCAGCUUAUAAUGCUGACUUUACAAUAGCCACUAAAUGAAUAUUUAGAGCCACUUUUCGCUUCUGGCGCACUCUUGGAAUUUAAAAAGUGAUAUAACACGUACAGCUAUCGGUACAAUUGUUUUAUGGUGAUCCCUGAAAAAAA